ACGAGAACCUAAAGAUCAGUUUUUUCAACUCUGGCCAGUCUUUUUUUAUUCCUCUGAAAGACUUCAUCAUUCCCGAAAUAACUUUAAUCUAUUAUUAAAAUAGCAGGUAAUAUUCUAUUGAUAUCGAGGGUAGAUUCGUCACGAGAGUCAAUUUAUACUGCCCCUCGUCCCUUGGUCAUACCCUCCUCAAUGAGUAUUGACUGGCUCUGGUUUCCACUUCAUACUCUCAGUUCCUUUUCUCUUCUCUCCUAGGCUCCUGGUAGGGUUUCACUCCAACGAGAUUUAGGGUUUUCAAUCUUCGGACUGAUAGGAAACGAGAAUCUGAACUUUUACUUGUGAUCCUGAUAUUAUUAGCAGCAUGAGGUGGCCGAGCUUCUCCGUUGGUGUCUACCGGAAAGUGGUUUCCCUUAACAACUUGUAUUGCAGAGUUAUUCUUUAAUUUGUCUUCGUUAUCGCUGAUAUAUUUUCUGCAGAACCUUUUCUCAAGCUUCUUUCGAUCUUUGGGACCAAUUUUUCUUUCUUUCUAAAACAAGCUAAAACUCCCUCUCUUGAACACAAAAAGGCCUCUCCUUUUCCCUUUCCUAGUCUUUCUUGAGCCUAUAGAUUUAUCCAUUUUUGUCUCCUACCUUUAAUUACCCAGCGGCUCUCUGGUAAACGGUCCAACUUGAAGGGAAAAAGAGUAGUUAUGGUGUGCCAAGCAGCAACUAAGACAAGAUUUCAAGCAUUGAAGCAUGAAAAUGGGUUUGCUGGAGGUGCCACCAUUAUAGUUAGAGUCAUAGUUUGCUUUCAACCGCUGCAGGAUUGUCAGGAAGAGAUGCAUGAAGACACAGAUGAAAUUGAUGCGCUCCUUUAUUCAGAUUCUAAAUUUUCAUUUGAUUCAGAGGAAGCCAGCACUGGACAUUCCCCCUUGAAUAUGAAUGUUAAAGAUGUUAUCAGCUCCUCAAUUCCUGCUAAACGUCGCAAACUGAACCUUGAUCAUUCCCCCAUUGAUGAAUCUCUCAUUGACACUGAGAGCCAGCCACAGCUUCCAAUUUCAAUGACUAAAUCGGAUGAUAAUGCAGACAUAAGCUAUGUUUACAGUGGCAAUAGCGUGGACGGUGGUGAUCAGGAGAGGAUUCACACCAUCAUAAAUGUUUUGAGGAAGAUUAUACCCGAUGGAGAGGCCAUGGAUGAUGCUGCAUUGCUUGACGAGGCCAUUCUUUAUCUAAGUUACCUCAAGCUUGAAGCAAAUUCUCUGGAUGCCCCAACUGAAAGCAUCUAAAAGCGUUUAGCAGACCUUUUUGUUUUCAAAUAUUAGUAGAAGUUUGUGUCUGAAGAUUAGAAAAAAAGGCAACUUUAGGCCAUGAAAACUUGAUUGUGCACGUAUGUAAUGAUACAGGGGGUGGGAGGUAAAUUAUAUAUAAUAAAGAGGAUUGCAUGCUGACUUGGGCCUUCUUUUGACCGGAGAAGCGUGCGGGUUAUGUAAUGAUGAUUUGUGUUGAGGAUUAUGGAAGACAAUUGAGUUUGGAAGCUGGGAUUGGUAAUUUAUGUUUUUUGAUUG